CUUUGUAUUAAAAAUAAAACGCUUGAGUGUUACCUUCGUACACGUUUUUCGCAGUUAAGUGCACACAAGGAGACGCAUACACACACCUAUACACAUACGUAUACCUGCAGUAGUAGUAUUAAUCUAGUGAUUUUAUGGUCCUCCACACGACCACAAGGACGACCGACACAAUCGCCUCAUACAGUCCGUGUCAGUUGCUCACACGAACCGGUGCGCGGGGCUGCUGUCGCUCGAACCGUAAACGCUCGCUUGUAAAAUGCUGCAUCACUUGCAAGCGCAGCUAAAAGAUGCUACUAAAAAAAUAUAUCAAAAAUCGUCGAAAGCUAAAGAUACUCUUUCUACUAACGGUCAUUGUGCUAAUUGUGAUUACAGUGGUCAUUUUGAACAUCUCGCCCAAUGUGAACUCCACUGAACGUGUGCUCGACGAGCGUUUUAUAGCGCGCAUCUAUGGUGGUAGUGGUGGUGGUGGCGGUGUUGGUAGUGGUAUGAGCGGUGGGCGUUUGGAGCAGCCACCAUUGAAAUCGCCCCGCCAAAAUGGCGUUAUUGUGCCGGAGAAAUAUGACGAGCAUAAAUUGAAGACGCGCAUAGCACAGGAGCGCGUGCUGCAGCUGAAGCAGGAGCAGCAGCAGCAACACAAUGCCAUCGAGGCAGGUGAGGAGCAUGCCAAAUUGGAGGGCACCACAACGGGUGUGCAUAUAUUCUAUAGCGCGCCCGUCGCUUGGUAUAAGACCAAAAAGUCACAGCUUGUCGCACCACGCGUGCAGUUGCGUGGUGCCGCUAAGGAGUUACUAAACGAUGUUUCUGAUGCCGUCCUUUCAUCAUCAUUUGCAACGUCAGCAACAACGCUCACAACAACUGUGAAACCGGUGCGUAUACUCAACACUGCGUUCUAUCCGGCACUGGGGCUGUAUAGGCCCACAACUAGUUUGCUGCAGAAACAUUUCGAUAACAUACAUAACUGUGGCAUUGGCGUACUCAUACUCAGCUGUAGCGGCAAAUCGGGUGAAGUGGCGCUCUAUCGCGAGUUGCUCGAGCUGGCGCCAAGUUAUAAUUUGAGUAUUACCUUUGAGAUAAGCGUUGCGGGCAAUCAGAGUUUGGAGUUUCUCCAACAGCAAUUGGAGGCUUUGCGCCGUUACUCAACUGCUGAGAGUUUCUAUCGCGUUUAUUCGUUAUCGCGUAGGCGUUUGGUGCCCGUGAUUUACGUGAGCAAUGCUUAUAAGUUAAGCGAUACGCCGGCAGGACGUGCCAUGUGUCCGUCGCAGGCGGAGAGUUUGCGAAACCUGUUUGACGGUUACUUCAUCGGACACAUUAGAUUAAAAAAUCACGUGGAUAUCAUGCGACGUCUCUGUUUCGAGGGUUUCUACAAUAAAUUACCCAGUAAUGGAGCGACAUUUGCGAGCACAUGGAAGAAUUGGUCUUAUUUAAAAUCAUACGCCUUAACCUACAAAAUGCUGUUUGUGCCAACAGUGGGACCCGGCUUUGCGGAGCGCAAUAAAUUUCCCAGGCACGGUGAUAUACAAAGACAUCGGAGCAAUGGCAGGUAUUAUGGCGUGGCUUGGCGCACGGCGAUACUCAAUCAUGUGGGCUUUAUAAACAUAGCCAGCUACAAUAAUUGGCCGGAUGGCAGUCAAAUUGAAGAGGUCAUGCCAAAGGCGGGCUUCUUAGACUACAAUCCAGGUGCGAAAACUAAGUAUAUAGAUUUAACAACACAUUGGGUGGGUAAUUUCCUGAAGACGCGUCAUGAGGCGGCGGCCGCUGUUGCUGUUCCCGGUCAGCCGAGUUGUUAUGAAUUCUUGAAUAAUACAAUUUGUUAAAGGCCGAUUAACUUAAGAUGAACAAUAAUAAAAAAAAUGCUAAAUUAUA